UUUUAUGUACAUAUUUCAAGGGCCUGCGCUAUCACUCAGCGUUAUUGCACUUACGGCCCAUAUUUUGCGUGUUGUAUCACCGAAGUUUGGCCAGCUGGUAUCAGAGGAAGCCAAUCGAUAUGGUUAUCUCAGACAUAUUCAUUCACGCAUAAUUACAAAUGCAGAAGAAAUUGCGUUCUAUAGCGGACAUAAAGUGGAGCUUCAGCAACUAAGGCAAGCGUAUAAUCGCCUUGUUAAUCAAAUGAAUAUUAUAUUUAGUCAAAAACUUUGGUUUAUAAUGCUAGAGCAAUUCUUUAUGAAAUAUGUAUGGUCCGGCACAGGCAUGGUGAUGGUGUCUCUGCCAAUAUUAACAGGAACAGCUGUAUCCACAACGACAUCUUCAUUCAACAAUAAGACCAUCGAAAGAACUGAGUCGAGUGUCAGUGAGCGAACCCAAUACCUGACAACGGCCAGAAAUCUGCUGAUAUCGGCAGCUGAUGCCAUAGAGCGUUUAAUGUCUUCUUAUAAGGAAAUUGUAGCAUUGGCCGGUUAUACCUAUCGAGUAGCUGGGAUGCUAGACGUUUUCGAAGAGACCGCUCAAGGCAUUUACAGCAAAGCCACGGUAAUUGAGAAUGAGGAAAUAAAUGGUAUCAUUGAGUUUCGUGACGGCAAACCCAUUGCUAAGGGACGUAUAAUAUAUAUCGACGAUCCCGGCAAUAUGUCCAUCAGCCUUCGAGCCGUGCCAGUCGUAACGCCCAACUGUGAUAUUGUUGUUCCCAGUUUGACCUUGUGUAUUGAGCCGGGUGUUCAUUUAUUGAUAACUGGUCCAAAUGGAUGUGGCAAGUCCAGCUUGUUUCGCAUAUUAAGUGGUCUGUGGCCCAUCUAUGCCGGCGAGCUGCACAUUCCCCGUCCCUUGGAAAAUAAGCCCUGCAUGUUCUAUAUACCCCAAAGACCAUAUAUGUCUAUUGGCAGCCUUUGUGAUCAAAUCAUAUAUCCAGAUACUCGUGACGAUAUGAAACGAAAGGGUAUGACCGAAAAUGAAUUGAUGAACAUUUUAAAAAUGGUCUGCCUAGAGCAUAUUGCACAACGGUAAGUACUUAUAUAACUA